UGCUGUUCAUUGUUUGUGAGGUGUGUUAUUGUUUCAGGCACCACUAUGGCCAUCAUCCUGGACCUGUCCUACAACUUGUGUAUUUGGAUCUCAGCUGCGGUGGCUGUCACCUACACACUCUUUGGUGGACUGUACUCUGUAGCCUACACUGACAUCGUACAGUUGGUCCUCACAUUCGUCAGUUUGUGGCUCUGUGUUCCUUUCGUGCUGAUCUCGGAACACUCACUCGACAUCACACAAAGUGCUUUGAACUUCACGUAUCAAGAUCCGUGGGUCGGUUCAAUCGACAUAGACAGAGUGUGGACGUGGCUGGAUCAGCUGCUGCUGUUGACUUUUUGCAUUCUAGGAAGUCAGGAGUUUCACCAGAGGAUGUUGUCAGCGUCCUCACCCACCACAGCCAGACUGAGCUGCUUCAUCGCAGCCCCCCUCAUGAUAAUAUUUACGAUUCCUUCAGUGUUGAUCGGAGCUGUCGCAGUAUCCACAGAUUGGAACCAGACUUCGUACGGCUCUCCAUCACCGUACGAGAGAGACGAGGCCAGCUAUAUUCUCCCCCUGGUCUUGCAACACCUCACUCCAAGCUAUGUGUCAGUUAUUGGCAUUGGAGCUGUUGGUGCUGCUGUGAUGUCAUCGACAGACUCUGCUCUUUUGUCGGCAGCUUCCAUCUUCUCCUCCAACAUUUACAAGAGCAUCCUGAGGACCAGUGCAUCAGAGAGGGAAAUGCAGUGGGUGGUCCGAAUCACAGUCGUGUUGGUGGGCGUCGUUGGAACGUCCUUAACUUUACAGAACAACAGCAUCAUGGUUUUCUGGAUUGUGGGAGCUGACAUUACAUACAUCUUCACGUUCCCUGCUCUCACUUGUGCCCUGUUCUGUGAGUUCUCCAACGGCUAUGGCGGCAUCAUGGGAGUCUUCAUCGCGCUGCUAUUGAGAGUGCUGAGUGGAGAACCAGAGUUUGGCUUGCCAGCAGUCCUCCAUUAUCCAGGAGGCACAGUCAAGGACGGCAUGUACAUCCAGCGCGCCCCUGUCAGCACCAUCUGUAUGCUGAGCAACCUGCUCGCCACCAUCUUCUUCUCUUACUUGACUUUGCUGCUGUUCAACAGAGGAAUUCUGCCUGAAAAAUGGGACAUAUUUGCUGUUAAAGGCCACCAAACUCCAAAGGAACUGGAAUCCACUAACAACGUCGAGGAGAUCAAUGAGACAGAAACUGCGUGCAUGAUGGAAACAUCACAGAUGGGGUCAUUGGUCCUUUGAAAUGAUGGCUAUCUGUCAUUUUUAUCUCACACUAAUAAUGAUUAUGAUAAUGAAGAAUUAUAGCAGUUUUUUUAACAAUGUUCACAAAAUACUUCACAGGAAAAACGGCGAAGGUGCAGUCACGCUCAGUCUUGGAAUUCACUGGGCUUUUCUGUAGAUUUACUACUGUUUUGUCAGCAGCACAUCACUGUCAGUCAAUGCUGGAAGCUAUUUUUCCUUCUUUUCUCUGUCCAAACUUUUUUAAUAAGGAUCUAAUUUAGCUAUUUCAGUGUCUUCUUUGCCACCUACUGAACACAUUGCACUGCUAAAUCACUGUUGGACAGUGUGUUGUUCAUCCGCACACACAAUACGUGUUAAGUAAGAUCAGAACAAGGUGAAAUACUGAGAGUCUCUGCCACGGCUCGGUGUAAUAAGCAGGUGGGCAGGUUCAGAGCUGCGCUGGAGGCAGAGUCAAGCCCAAUGUAACUAUAACAGUGGGCUUGGCUCUAGUAACUUGUUGUUCACCAAGAUUUCAGAACUUCAGAAUCAAUUACCCCUCAAAAUGGAGCAUCAUCAUGGUGAGGGACUUACUUCA